AUGGCGGCCGUGCGCGGCCUGCGGGUGUCGGUGAAGGCCGAGGCGGCGGCGGCGGCGGCGGGGCCGCCCCUGGGGCUGCUGGGGCCGGGCCCCGAGCGGAGCGAGCCCGAGCCCAUGGAGGUGGAGGAGGGCGAGCUGGAGGCCGUGCCGGUGCGGCGCUCGCUGCUGCCGGACACGAGUCGCCGCUACGAGAACAAGGCGGGGAGCUUCAUCACGGGCAUCGACGUCACCUCCAAGGAAGCCAUCCAGAAGAAAGAGCAGCGCGCCAAGCGCUUUCACUUCCGGGCCGAAGUCAACCUUGCCCAACGGAACGUGGCCUUGGACCGAGACAUGAUGAAGAAAGCGAUCCCCAAGGUGAGACUGGAAACCAUCUACGUCUGUGGAGUUGAUGAGAUGAGCACCCAGGACAUCUUCACCUACUUCAAGGAGUACCCCCCUGCUCACAUCGAGUGGCUGGACGAUACCUCCUGUAACGUGGUCUGGCUGGAUGAGGUGACCGCGACUCGGGCCCUGAUCAACAUGAGCUCCCUGCCCAGCACGGAUAAAACCAAAGCCCGAGAGGCCAGCGAGGAGAAAGCCCCAGAGAAGAUGAGGAAAGACAAACAGGACAGCUCUGAUGAUGAGACCGAGGAGGGAGAGGUGGAAGAUGACACCGCGAGUGACCUGGAGUUGGAUGCGCUGUCCCAGGUAGAAGAAGAUUCCCUCUUACGGAAUGACCUUCGUCCGGCCAACAAACUGGCCAAAGGGAAUAAGUUAUUCAUGAGAUUUGCCACAAAAGAUGACAAGAAGGAGCUCGGCGCGGCACGGAGGAGCCAGUAUUACAUGAAAUACGGGAAUCCCAACUACGGAGGCAUGAAGGGCAUCCUCAGCAACUCGUGGAAAAGAAGAUACCAUUCCCGCCGCAUCCAGAGGGAUGUGCUCAGGAAGCGGACGCUGAUUGGGGAUGAUGUGGGGCUGACCUUGACCCCCCCCUACAAGCACCGGCACGCAGGUCUGGUGAAUGUUCCGGAGGAGCCUAUUGAGGAGGAGGAAGAGGAGGAGGAGGAGGAUGAAGAGGAAGACCAGGACAUGGAUGAAGACGACAGGAUUGUGGUGGAGUACCGGGAUGAGCUGCAAGCCUUCAAGCAGGCGCGUGAGCGAAGUGCGUCCCGUCGGCCCAGUGCUAGCGGUUCGGGCUCCGACUCGGACGAGAUGGAUUACGAUCUGGAGCUGAAGAUGAUUUCCACACCGUCGCCAAAGAAGAGCUUGAAGAUGACCAUGUACGCCGACGAGGUGGAGUCACAGCUGAGGAGCAUCCGGAACUCCAUGAAGGCGGACAGUGUAGCCACCAGCAACGUAAAAAACCGCAUUGGGAACAAAGGGGCGUCUGAUGUGCGGUUCCUGCUCGAGGAGAAGCGGCAAAACACAGCGCAGAGGCCGCCUGUGAGCAGCGUCAAAUCUGAUGUACAUCAGAGAUUGGGAAAGAGAGCACAUUCUCCAGAAGCCAAGACCCCGAGCGGCGCCUUCACCCCCCGGAGAGAGCCGACGUCCGACGUGCACAGCAGGCUCGGCAUUCCGAGGCAGGACGUCAAGGGCCUGUACUCUGACGCCCGGGAGAAGAAGUCAGGCAGCUUAUGGACCCGCUUGGGCUCUGCCGCGAAGGCCAGGGAGAAGGCCGAGAAGGCAGACCCCGUGGCGGCGGCGGCCCCCGAGGAGGAGGACUCGGAGCUUCAGCGGGCGUGGGGCGCUCUAAUCAAGGAGAAGGAGCAGUCGCACCAGAAGAAGAGCCGCUUGGAGCGCUUACCGUCUCUGCAGAUUGAGAUCAGUCGGCAAAGCAGCUCUGAGUCGGACGCAGAGUCGUGAGGCCAGGUAGGACGGCCCAGCGCCCCUGGCGCUCGGGCCUCCCCGUGGGCAGCCCUGGCUUUGGCGGAUCCUUCUUUCUUCCUGUUCCUAGCAGGAAAUGAUCACCCAAAGAGCCGCGUAGCGAACCUGUCCCCACCUUGGCCUUGACGGUCGCCGCUACCAGCACCUCCAGCCUACAGGAGCGUGGGGGCGUUGGGGGCGCCGGCGCCUGCCAGGGAGGAGAGCCCUCCCCUUGAGCCCUGCCCGAGCAGGGUGGGAGCGGCGCAUUUCACGGACUUGCCCUCUGGGGUGCCUGCACCAUCCAGGGCAGCCCAAGAUGUAGCAGCUGGAGGGUGCUGGGCGCCAGGAGAUGCCCGUCUGUCUGUCCGUCUGUCCGUCGUUCCCUGUUGGCUUUACGCGCAGACCGGCGUCUCCGGGGCAGCCUCGGACUUGGGGUGAUUUUUGUGGGGGCUCGGCGUUGGACAGUUUUUGUUCAGUCUAUUAUGGUUUAAAACUAUUCAUGAUUUCAAAGCUUCAUUUUUAUAUGUGAACAUUUUUCCUGUUGGCUGCAGUGAAAGCUCAAGUGGUGUCUUCAUACGUGCUGUUAAAUAUACAUUCUCUGAUUUGGAAGAGCAGGAA